AAACCUUAACCUGGCUGGCACUGCGAGGACCGGAGAAGGGAUGAAUAAGGGGAGUAUUAACGACACACAGGGAAUGGAGAAGUUCACGGAGGAAAUAAGUGCCGGGGUACAUGUGACGUGUCCGUUUUUAUAGUAACUUUUACGCGUCGCGGUUCUUGUUUUCUUUUGCCCCCACCCGACUUCAUUGACUGUUCGCAGCCGAAGCGGAGGCUCUGGAACCCCGGCAGAAGCAGCAGCCGAUCCCGUCCCCUGAUCACCGUCUGGACCCAGCGACAGGGCUUGUCUUCACUAGAACAUGGACUAAAAUUAAUGAGGAACCAGCUACAUCAUCAUUAUCAUCACCACAGUGGAAAUAUACACGCUAGCUUCACCCUGACAUGGCAUCCUCCCCCGGGCUGGUUGCUAACACGUUACCACAGCUUCAGCUACAGGAGGUGGACUCCAGCAAAUCUUCCGAGCGGCCGAGCUCCCCUAGACUCCUGCCCUCCGUAUACAGCCCUCCUCUGGGCAUGGAAAGCCACCCCGUCUGCAUCCCCUCUCCGUACGCGGACAGCAGCCACGAGUACAACCACGGCCACGGACCCCUGACCUUCUACGGCCCGUCCGUGCUGAGCUACGCCAGGCCGCCCAUCACUAACAGCCCAUCGUCUCUGUGCCCCUCCCUCAGCCCGUCAGCCUUCUGGCCCUCCCAAAGCCACCCCAACAUUCCUUCACUGGCUCUGCGCUGCUCUCAGCCACUUGUCUACAAUGAACCCAGCCCACAUGCAGCCUGGCUGGAGCCCAAAACUCACAGCAUCAACGCCAACAGCUCCAUCAUCGGCUGCAACAAGCUGCUGGGAAAGAGACCAGGGGAGGGAGUGGAAGGUGUGAACUCCUCCCUGUGUUCUUCUGCUGUGGGGAAGGCCGACAUGCACUUCUGCGCCGUGUGCCACGACUACGCCUCGGGGUACCACUAUGGUGUGUGGUCCUGCGAGGGCUGCAAGGCUUUCUUCAAGAGGAGCAUCCAAGGACACAACGACUACAUCUGCCCCGCCACAAAUCAAUGCACUAUUGACAAGAACCGACGUAAAAGCUGCCAGGCCUGCCGCCUACGUAAAUGCUAUGAAGUGGGCAUGAUGAAGUGUGGUGUAAGGCGUGAGCGCUGCAGCUACCGGGGAACCCGACACCGCCGCGGUGGACUCCAGCUCCGGGAUCACACCGGCAGGGGUUUGGUCCGGGUGGGGCCAGGUGCUCGGGCCCCGCGGCAUCUCCACCUGGAGGCUCCUCUCACCCCAGUCACCCCCCUCCCUCAGGCCAACCGCGCACACCAAUCGGGCAUGAGCCCAGAGGAGUUCAUCUCCCGCAUCAUUGAGGCGGAGCCCCCAGACAUCUACCUCAUGGAGGACCUAAAGAAGCCCUUCACCGAGGCCAGCAUGAUGAUGUCCCUCACCAAUCUGGCAGACAAGGAACUGGUUCUCAUGAUCAGCUGGGCUAAAAAGAUCCCUGGCUUUGUAGAGCUGAGUCUAGCAGACCAGAUCCACCUGCUGAAGUGCUGCUGGCUGGAGAUCCUGAUGUUGGGCCUGAUGUGGAGGUCGGUGGAUCAUCCUGGAAUACUAAUCUUCUCUCCCGACUUCAAACUCAACAGGGAGGAGGGAGUGUGCGUGGAGGGCAUCAUGGACAUUUUUGACAUGCUGCUGGCAGCCACGUCUCGGUUUCGUGAGCUGAAGCUUCAGCGAGAGGAGUACGUCUGUCUGAAGGCCAUGAUCCUCCUCAACUCCAAUGUGGUGACAAGCUCCCCUCAGACGGCUGAGGAGCUGGAGAGCAGGAGCAAGCUGCUGCGUCUGCUGGACUCUGUGAUCGAUGCUCUGGUCUGGGCCAUUUCCAAACUGGGCCUGUCAACCCAAGAGCAGACUCUGCGCCUUGGACAUCUCACCAUGUUGCUCUCCCACAUCCGCCACGUCAGUAACAAAGGCAUGGACCAUCUGUCAACCAUGAAGAGGAAGAACGUGGUGCUGGUGUACGACCUACUCCUAGAGAUGCUAGACGCCAACACGUCCAGCUGCGGCAGUCAGGCGUCGUCCUCACCCAGCUCCGACACGUACUCGGACCAGCACCAGUUCCAGUAUCCCCCGCCCCCAUCUCACCCGCAGAUGGUCUCAGAGCACACGGCCGCCGGCCACGCCGGAGUGCCUCUGCAUGGACCCGCCGAAGCCCCGACCCUGGACAGACACCUGCAGGCUGUGCCCCCUCAGUCCCAGUCCUCACCUCCAUUUCACAUGGACAGCAAUGAAUACAUCCAUCCGGAGCAUUGGUCAAUGGAUACUGGAGAUGCAGGUCUGUCGGCAGAACCGACAGACUACAUAGUCACCGAUCGAGUCAUUAUGGAAAGCGCCUUAGAGGGGUGACGGGGCCUGAAAGAGACUAACUGAGACUGAACCUUUCAUGGCUUUCCAUCCCCCAGUGAUCGAGAAAAGGAAACAAACUAUUAAAAAAAAUAUUUAAAAAAAAAUACAAGCAGAAAGCACUGUCGUGAGGUAAAGUGUUUUUAGUCUUUGAAAACGUUGCAACAUUUUGAUCGAAUGUAUAUUUUACGUGCGUAAAUAUUUCUUGUGAAUGUGCGGGUGUUCACGAGAACAUCGCUGGACCUCUGCCAAUCAGUUUGAGCUCAUUUUUGAUAUACAGUAUUUGUAUCUCUUUUUUCACCUCGGUGUAACAUCCAGAACAAGCCAUCUACAAUGUGCAAUGGCUAACAGAAAAGUUGCAUGGGGUCCAUUUCCAUAGGGGAUGUUAGCUAAAGAAAAAAAAGGGCAGUGUUUUCUAUCACACUGGGGUGUUUUUCUCCUUCACUACUACUGUGUACUUGUGUGUUUAACGGUGCCUGUUUAUCCAGGAUUUUUCUACUCUUUUUGUAAAAACUACAAGUUUCAGUGGAGUCAAGAAGCAGCUGUUUGUGGCCUUUAAACAAAAUGACUGUUAACGUGAGCUUUCUUCCCUGUUUAUCUGGUUAAACUAAGGCUGGAUUUACAAUGUAGGAUAUGUGACACAAAUCUCUUGCGAGUUUAACACUUGGCAAAUUUAAAAAAAAUCUAAUUUAAUUGAAUUCAAUACACAAGUUGACUGGCCUUUUUUAGGGUAUUAAAAGUUAUUGUGUAAAUAUAGCAACCCACUUACUGUACAUAUGUUACAUUCCUAACAUAAAUUGGUCAGCACCGGCAAGACAAACUAACCCAAUGCCGAUUAGUAUGUACACUAGAUGUAUAGUCGUAAAUUUAAAGACCCCUUUAAAAACUAUUCAAUGAAGUCCUGUCUGCCUUAAAGCAAACAUACCAAAUGUAGGCAUAUUAUUAGUAUAUAACUAUGCUUACUGUAUGCAUUUUAGGAUACUACCACGAUAAACAUUAAUGCUAAACAUUAAUUUGCCUAUUGUAAGCCUGUCAACAUACUCACAUUAGCAUGUCAGCUCCGUAACGGCCUGGCUACUCUGAAUUAAACGACUUGUUGAAAUUGCUGCACAUUUAUAUAAGAAAUUGGAACACAUUUUUCUAGACUCGCAUUUGUUACUUGAUACCUGUGAUACUAGUGGCUGAAACCUUGUCGGCCCUAGCUGUAAUUCAAGAGAAAGGUUAACGUGAUGUGCUGACAUCAGUGUGCCGUUAAACAAGCUAACCUGCCAAAUUUACAUUAAAUGUAACUGUUAAAAUUGUAUUGUGCAACCAAUAGGAUGUUUAUUCAAUCUACUUUUUACAGCGAGUGCCCUUUACGUAGUAUAAUAGACAGUACAGUAGACCAGUUCUCGGUCAAUAUUUGCAAUUAUUUUGGCACACAACUCCUAUUAGCCAAUUUAAACCAACAUCACACCAGACCACGUCACUUGUACCCUAGUGCAGGCAGCAAACAUCUCAAACCUUGCAAAGACGAUGGAACUGUCGGCGUUCUUUGAGGAAUUUGCAAACUUUCCCAAACGGACAACGCACGAGCAUUGGUCCAGAACCAACUCGUUUACUUAGUAGUCUCAGCUUUACGACACAAGGAAUCAAGCAACAAAUAGUCUUCUUGCACGUUUAUAAAUGUCAAAUUUGGGGCUUGUUUGCCGUGGUGUUUUUGACUACUUCCUCGUUAACCGCACCGCUGAUCUCUCGGAAGAGAACCAUCCCAAUUUGUGUUUGCUUCAAAACGGAAAGUGUAAAUCCUUGGAAUUUUGGAUUUAUGCCGCAAAUGCAUAAUUUAUGUCCUUUUUGGAUGCUAAGACGUCACCCACGCCACUUUUCUGCCAACGUAAAUUCAACCUUAGUGCCAGAUUCUCCUACCACUGCUAAUAGACAGAUACAUGUUGACUAUCCUUUCUUUCCUGGUGUCUGUACUGUAGCUUGUGCAUGCAUGUGCGCACACACACACACACACACACACACACCUAAAUCAGAUGCUGAAAAUAUUUCUGUUUGUGCACAACACAUUCAUCUUUAGAUCUUGUGGAAGUUUUGCAAGUCAAACCUUCGGUCUUUCUCUAACCCGACGAUACAACACACACACACAGUUUAUUGUCAUUUGAAAAUUGCCAAUCUAUACAUUCCAUAAAUGACAGUUCACAAAAUAAAUCCAACUUUACACA